AUGUCUUCUCACUGUCACGACGAACACGAUCAUUCUGGACAUGACCAUAGCGAAGGAGGUCACGAUCACUCCGAUGAUAUUACUCCAGCUCUCCAAUACUCCUUGUACCAGCACAUCAACUUUGACGAAAUAACCACAUUCAAUGAGGAAGAACCGCACUCGGGGAAAGCUAUUGUAAAGAAGACAUGGGCAGAGCGAUUGCAGGAUGAACCAGAGUUAGCAAGCGAUGCCGAUGAGCAGCUUUUAAUGCGCAUACCCUUCACAGGCCAGGUAAAACUGCACUCAAUCCUCAUACGCACCUCACCCUCCUCGUCCGCACCACAAACCCUAAAAGUCUUCAUCAAUCGCGAUGAUCUCGAUUUCGCGACCGCCAGUGAUCUAGCGCCUACGCAAGAAUUCUCCCUCUCCCAGACCUCCGAAAUUCAAGAUAUUGCUGUCAAAAGGGCCCUGUUUGGGAAGGUACAGAGCAUAACGUUGUUUGUGGAGGAUAAUUACGGAGAUGAUGUGAGUCGGAUAAGCUACCUAGGCUUCAAGGGCGACUGGAUGCAGUUGGGAAGGGCUCCUACGAAUAUUCUCUACGAGGCCGCUGCGAAUCCGAAUGACCACAAGAUCAAAGGCACGAGUGUAAAUCAGAUGGGCAGUCGACUUGGUUAG